AUGAGAGCUCGUGCACAUGCGGCUUUGAAGGACCAUGGCUUAAAUCUUGUUCCCGACCCUUUCUUCAUUGGGCUGCCGCACUGCAAUAUUCACGAUGCCAUCACUCCGGAUAUCCUUCAUCAGAUUUACCAAGGCCUUGUCAAACAUCUUUGUGGAUGGCUCCGGACCCUCAUUGGCGAUGCAGAGUUGGACACUCACUUUAAGCGCAUGCCUCAUGCGCACAGUGUCCGUCUUUUUGCAAAUGGUGUUACUUGUCUUACCCAGGUUUCUGGUCCAGAACAUCGCGAAAUAUGCAAGCAACUCCUUGGGUGCAUUGUUGACGCCCCUGGUGCACCUGCUGGGGUAAUUCAUGCCACCCGGAGCCUCCUGGACUUCCUUGAGAUCACUCAAUACCAGAGUCAUACAGAGGCAACUCUUGGGUAUCUCACAGAUGCGCUGGAUCAGUUCCACGACAAUAAGGAUGUCUUCAUCAACCUCGGUGCACGCAACAUUGAAGACUUUAACUUCGCAAAGCUGCAUUCGCUCGAGCACUAUGUCAAUUCCAUCCAGCGAUUUGGUACAAUCGAUAACUACAACACCGAGGCUAGCGAGCGCCUCCACAUAGACUACGCAAAGGAUGCAUAUAAGGCAACCAACAAGAAAGAAUUUUGGGAGCAGAUGAUGAGAUGGCUAGAGCGACGCGAGACAAUGGCUGCAUUUGACUUGGUCCUUCAAUGGAGACGCGGAGAAAUACCGAAGCAUCACGCUCAUUGGAGAAGGCUUCUGCCACCUGGUGUAUACCUUGCAAAGAAUCCUUCCGCUCAUGUGGUAUCAUUUCGUGUCCUAGAAGAUCAGUUUGGGGCAGUGCAUUUCAAGAAUGCCCUUGGGGAGUUCAUUGCGAACCAGCUCCAGCCUACUUCCUAUCGUUGA